CCUAUAAGGGCUGUGGAGACUUCGGGUUCCUCCAGUCACCCGGUGGGAGGGGACAGAGAGGCCUGACUCAAACCCUAAAUCCUUGACUGGGCCCUUUGGUCUGCCGUCUUUGGGCUCUCAGCCUCUCUUGUCCUUUUGCGCUAUACACCAGCCACACGGUCCUCCCAGGCCCCCUGCGGGGUAGGCUCUCCCCUGCCUAGGGUCUCCCACCUGUUCUUCCUUCCUGGGGAAGCCCCCCAUGGUUCCGAAGCCAAACCCAGGGCCAUGGUUCUGUGAUCGUACCCACAUCUCUACACCUGCAGUCAUUUACAUGUAGUUUGUUUAAUCCCCCCUGAACUGAGCUUCCCAGGGACAGCAAUGGACCAUUCAUUCACGGCACGUGCCAGGCCUCUCGUGCGGUGCCAGGGGUCUGAUAGCCAUGGGGCUGCCUGAGGCUGCUGGAGUGCCCCGUCCUUCGCAGAACUCCAAGUGCCGUAGGCAGCCUCCAAGGGGCAGAUCCAUUACCAGCCGAUCAAUUAGCCUUCCUUCUAAUGGAAAUCAAAUCUUACAGAUUGCCAUUUGAUUGGACUCUGAUGCAUGGAAGCCAAAUUCAAGACUGAUGAAAAAAUAAAAGUAAAACCCCAGCCUGCCAGGUUAAUGAAAUGCUGUCACAGAGGGGAGGGGCUGGGCCUGGCCCCAGCAGACCCAAGAUGAUGCUGUCAGUGACGUCUGUCACUCCAUCUGGUGCCCGGACAAGCCUUUGACCUGGCUCCGCUGUCCCUUCCAUGGGACCAGGUCCAAGUGCCCAGGCCAGGGGGGCGGGCAGGCCUGGAUCACAGGGGUCUGCACUGCUCAGAGGGAACCUGGUAAAAACAGGGGUUGCUCCAGGGCCCACAUCUGGGCCUCUGGCCCGGGGCCCAGCUGAGGCCAGAGAAGCAGGAGGACUACAUUUCCCAGAGUCCCCCAAACCGGGGGAGCGAGCCAUUGGAAGAUUUAAAUAGCCCAGGCCGGAGGCAGCCAGGCCGCAGCUGUGGACUCGUCUGCCUCCCCAGUGGCUCCAUUGGCGCUGGCCCGCAUCGGUGGGCUCAAUUGGCUGCCCAGCUGGCACUGACGUCCCCUCGGAGCCCAGUGGCAGCCGGAGGUAAACAGCCAUGUGCAAUCCUCCACUCUAUAUUUAACAGCUGCUGUGGAGAAGACAGGGAGGCAGGGAGGCAGGGAGUGGUGGUAGCUCCCGGGGCAGCUCCUGUCUUCGGGGAGAAGGCCUCGUAGCCGGGCUGGCACCGGCCCUCGACGCGUGAACAUCACCAUGCCAGCCUCCCAGAGCCGCGCCCGGGCCCGGGACCGCAACAAUGUCCUCAACCGGGCUGAGUUCCUGUCCCUGAACCAGCCCCCCAAGGGGGCCCCGGAGCCCCGCAGCUCAGGCAGGAAGGCCCCAGGCCCCUCGGCGCAGCCCCCACCCCCUGGGGAUGGGGCCCGUGAGCGGCGCCAGUCACAGCAGCUGCCCGAGGAGGACUGCAUGCAGCUGAACCCCUCCUUCAAGGGCAUCGCCUUCAACUCCCUGCUGGCCAUUGACAUCUGCAUGUCCAAGCGGCUGGGGGUGUGUGCCGGCCGCGCCGCGUCCUGGGCCAGCGCCCGCUCCAUGGUCAAGCUCAUUGGCAUCACGGGCCACGGCAUCCCCUGGAUCGGGGGUACCAUCCUCUGCCUGGUGAAGAGCAGCACGCUGGCCGGCCAGGAGGUGCUCAUGAAUCUGCUCCUGGGUGAGUGUGCCCACCGUCCACCACCCACCCUGCCAGGCCCC